AACAUCGUUCUUGUUCUUGACCGCCAUACCAUCCUAUUUCCUCGUUCUCGAGCACUCUCGACGCCUGAAGCACGGGGACCGUCAUCAUAUGCUACUUAGCGCUGCUGAUAUGGAUUUCGCGUUGUGGGGAGGGUCGAGUUCAAAGCCAGAAUGGCUGCAGAAAGAUACGCGUCAACAGCACCGAAACGCGCUUGCAGUCACUUUUUUGUCUCAUCGUUCGCCACGGCAGUUUAGCCAGCGGCGACGCGCCUUGACGAUGCUCUUGUUCAGUCAGUCGUCAUGGGUGGGUCAACCUUAUCGGCUUUUCAGCGCUUUUGAGCCUGUCUACGCCACGAGGGAUUGUGCAUGCAGCGUGUUAAGGCCCGCACCAAACUCCGUUCUAUGUAACACUUUCGUCACCACUCGUCACCAAACUCCAAGUUCUGACCUGGUUUCUAGUAUCACAAUGAGUCUGGACAAAAUAUGAAUACUCACAAACCUAUGUGAGCCUCCACAAGGAGGGGUGGUAGAAACUUAUCCGCUGGCAAUCUCAAUUCCAAUUUUUUGUGGGCGCCAUCAGAUG